AUCUAGCAAGCCUAAACAGCAUGGCACUACACUUUCCCCUGAUCUGACACAGGUGCUAAAUAUGUCAAAAUCGGAUAUCAUUACCUCUUCACCUUCUUGCGUUAUAAAUGAUUUUAUCAGGGAUAUUUGCAAUAGUACAGGUUGUGAGCCAAGCAUUUUGGACUCUUACCAAGUCACACUGGCUGUUAAUAAAAAGCCUGACACUGGCUCCUCUGAUGUGGUUGAAUAUACACCCUCCAUUUGCCCUACUCAGGAUUGUCAGUCAGAAGGUCCGAACACACAUGUGGCCUCACUAUCAUCGAUACAUACUAAUAUCAAAUCUUUUGACUGUGUCAAAAGAAAUGUUAACUCCCCCAAAUGCUUAGUAACCUUAGACGUUGACCUUGAUAAUCAUUGCAAUACACAGGCAGAUUUACUGUCAUCUAGUUCCAUUCAAUUGGAUGCUUUUGAGCAGGCUACACAUAUGCCGGCACAGAGGGCAGAAUGCAGCACCACCGCUACUGUUAACGAUAAAGCCCCCCAUCGCAAGAAUUUCCAUCGGUCAUCAGUGACCCAUGGACACCAACCUAAUGCCAAAUUUGAAAAAACAAAUUGCUCCUUGCCUACGCAAAACACAUCCAACCAAUCCAAUAGCCUGGAUAGCACAAACAUCCUUCCGUUAGUCCAUGAUCUCUUACCCCUUAGGUAUCUGAUAAAGCCUGCUGACUAUCCUGACUAUGAUACGCUACAGUCUUGUGAGAGAAUUAUAGACCAUAUUUCCACGGAAGUGAUCAAGCGGGUUCAGUGCAUGUAUAAUGCAAUUGUUUUCAAUGUGCCCGACAGUACGAACAUUAAAACACUGAAAAACGCACUUCUAAAGGCAUGCGAAAUACCAGAUUCCCAUUGUACCUGCAAACGACUGCGUAAAUCUUCAGCUAAUACAUCUUGUCCAAUAAUGUUCGAGUUUAAUAGCAUUGUGGAUGCUAGUCGCUUUGUAAAUAACCAGCAUCUCUUUAGGAAAGCAAGUAGCUUUAAAAAUGUACGUAUUAUUCACGACAGGACACCAAUCCAGCGUCGUGCCAAACAAAGUAUCCCAGCAGAUGAAAUAAAUCACCAAAAGGAUACAACCGGCCCCACUGAUGUCAAUACAAAACACCACCUAAACCUUAAAAGAAGUCCUCCACCUAGUGACCCUAAAAUGAAGCUUGAUAUGGUUACCAAUACUAAAUCUAGUAUUUCUCCAGUUGUUAAACAACCUAAAAAGCACUCAAUUGCUGCAAAAGAUAUCAAUAAAAAUCUCACUCGCCAUGCUAGAACUAUCGAAAACCCUUGUAAUAUCUUCACAUCUAGCUCUAAGAUUCCGAAUAAAAAUGUAAGGAACAAAACUCUUAUGCCUGGCAUACACUCCGUCAAGCCUGAUUCAGCGUCUCCUAUUACUCAUACGCUUAAAUCUCCCAAAAGGACGUCUAUGGUAUCAAAUAGAACUGACACUAGUCAACCUAUCUCAUUCUCUUUUCCUCACCAUUUUAAUACAACCAGUUGCAGCUACCCAACUUCUACUAUAAGGUUGCGUAAUACCAAAUAUAACUAUGCCCAUAUUCCUGGUGCACAGCCACAUGGACUCAAUCGCCUAAACUUUCAGCAUAGCCUGCUUGGGGAUCCACCCAGUAAAUGCUACUUCCCCAGAAACACACUCCCCCGACACCAAAACAGUCUUUACAACUUUCCAACUAAUCAAUCCCCUCACCAUUUUUUCUCUUUUCCGCACCCGGCAGUAAUGCCACCAAUCAACCUGAUGUCAAACAGUCUGUUUCCUUACUCUCAAAUGUGCCCUCUUCAGACACCCAGGAUACCCCAGUUUCCGUAUGCCUAUCUCCAUGCGAUCGUGAACUGAGUGAUCUACCAUGGAAACCAUCUUCUUUUUCACAGAACCUUAACGAAAACGAUGAAGGCUUUAUGGACCGAACACUCGAUGUACCGGUCAGACUGUCAUCUAAUUUUCAUUUAACCUCAGCUGAAUCACAUCAUCAUCUCCUUCACUUUGCCUCAGCCCUUACCACUGAUCAAAGAUCAUUUACUCUUUUCCUUAUAAACGCUCGUUCUAUCUGCAAUAAAAUUCCAUACCUUCACUCCUUACUUUCACUUUGUAUGCCUUCUGUACUGUUAGUUACCGAGACCUGGUUACCAUCUGACUUCAAUGACAGACUGUUAGAAUCACCAGGAUACACACACUUUAGACAUGGCAGAGAAGAAGGACGUGGUGGUGGUUGUCUUAUCUUUGUUAGCAACAAAUUCCACGCUGUAGAAGUUGAUGAUUUGGGUUGCUCACUUACAGACGCAGUAUGGGUUACACUCAACACUAACUUCAAUACAAGACUUUUAUUGGGAUGUAUAUACCGCCCGCCCAAUUCUGAUAUUAAUACAACGAACCAUUUGUGUGAAAUUUUCGAACACGUCUCCUCCCUAAACUUUGACUAUAAAAUAAUAGCUGGCGACUUUAACAUGCCUGGUAUCCAGUGGAAUAAGCUAAAUGUUCCUAAAU